AUUUUAAAAUUGCCAGUCUUAUCGCCAUGGAAGUUUUUACACAACUAUCGAUAGCGCUGUAAGCCGUUUACCAUCUCUAUCGGACGAGUUGUUUAUUAUUAUUUCGGCAAAACAAAAAAUUGUGCGAUAUGCCUAGUAAACUAGAUAGUUUAUAUCGCCGCAUGCUGAUAACGAGGUUCUUCGAAAAGGGAUGGGGAAAGCCGGAGAACUUAAGAAGAGUAUUUCAGUUCCGAAAAAUAAUAUCCAAUAGGGAAUCAUGUUACAAGCUUGUACCUCGCGAUUAUCCAGUGGAGAUCACGAAAAAAGAAAUUUCUGCAGAAAGUACACUGAUAGAAGGCCAAUUUAAAACGCCCCUUGAGUUACAUAUACCCGGAGUUGUUCCAAAAGAGUCCCAACAGGCGCAUUUUCAAUUGUUGAUUCCUAACAAGUGGAAAAAUGAAAAGCACAAGCCAGUAUGCAUUCAUUUGGCUGGAACUGGUGAUCAUUUCUUUUGGCGAAGACGAAAUUUCAUAGCGAAACCCCUUCUGAAGGACGCCAACAUAGGAUCCAUAAUACUUGAAAACCCAUUUUAUGGUUUAAGGAAACCAAAUAACCAAACACGAUCCAACCUGCAUAAUGUGUCUGAUAUAUUUGUAAUGGGCGGGUGUCUCAUCCUGGAAUGCCUUGUCCUCUUUCAUUGGUGUGAAAGGAAUGGAUUUGGACCAUUAGGAGUUACUGGAUUGUCAAUGGGAGGUCAUAUGGCUUCACUAGCUGCUACAAAUUGGCCAAAACCUUUAGUUCUAGUGCCCUGCCUAUCCUGGUCCACCGCCUCUGCUGUUUUUACAACUGGUGUUAUGAGCCAAUCCAUUAACUGGGAUAUGCUGGAAACGCAAUACUUUUCUGAUGGACAGUAUAGAGAAAGGCUAUCGAAAAUGGUCACUGUGAUAGACGAUGCGUUUUCAGCGGGCCAAAGUUUUAUUCAAAACUUCAAUCAAUCUUUGCACGAGCUAAAGGAAGACAUAAGUGAUACGAGAAAGAUCCAACAAGAUGAAAAUAGCAAUACCUGUGGUAAUAAGUAUGAGAUGCAGGGCAACGGGUGUAAAGAAAAUAGCUCAAUAUUCUUGCCCAAGUCAUUGAAGAACACAAAACUUGACUCUGAGAAACUGACCAUAGAUAUUAAAGACACCCUUAAUAAAAAUGUGGCAAUCGAUGCAGUUGAACCGGCAAAGGAAUCGAGCUCAGCGUUGACGAAUCUUAUGAAAUUCAUUCUUCCCCUGUCUGCGCAAAACAAAUCCGAUAAAAUAGAUAUAACCAAAACGAAUUGGUGGGAACGGGAAGCUUUGCAGUUUAUGCGCGGUAUGAUGGAUGAGUGCACCCAUCUGAAGAACUUCUCGGUUCCCUUCGACACCUCUUUGAUCAUUGCGGUGUGCGCGAAAGACGAUGCCUAUGUUCCGCGGGAAGGAUGUUCCAGCCUCGAAGAUAUAUGGCCUGGAGCAGAAGUACGAUAUUUGGAUGCUGGUCAUGUAAGCGCCUACGUUCUGCAUCAAAAACUAUUUAGAUCCUGCAUUAUAGAAGCUUUUGAAAGGGCCAAGAAGAUCUACGAAAAUGAGAUUAGCGAAGGCCUAAAAUGUGAUAUCACCUAUAAGCAGUUGCUAAAACAAUAUGACAAAAAUAUUCAGUAGUAAUAGGUUAAAAAAUUAAACAUAAUAAAGAAUAUGUUGCCA